GUUCCAGUGAAUGGCCAGCUUAUAACAUCAGUCAACAUCAGAGAGAAAAAGCUCCUCAAGCCCAAGAAGAAGAGGAAGGCCCAGUGCUCAGACAAGGAGGUGCCAAAAGAUCUGCUUUUGGUGGAAAAAGACAAACUGCAAGAGGAGGAAGGAGUUUGGCAGACCAAAAUCAGCAGCCGAGAAAAGAGACACUUAAGGAAGGAAAGGCUGAAACAAAAAGAAGACCCCAGCAGAGCAUCCCUGGGUAGCUCAGCGGUUGAGCCAGCCUUUGGCUGGGAUGAGAAGGGAGCAGUAUGGCCACUCACAGAGGACACCAGUGGCGGUGGAAAAGGUGCUCUCGUUGCCAAGGCAGAGUGUGGGACCGUGCUGAAGGCCUCAGGAGCCAUACAGGAAGAAUCGGUGCCCUCCCAGUCAGAAGAGGAUGUUUUCUGCAACGUAGGAACAUGGGAUAUUGCAGAAGUAAAAUCCUGUCCUGUGACCUUUGGGACGUUACCAGAGCUGUCCAGGGAGUUAGGAUCGAGUGAAGUAUCUAUUUAUACCCCUGUUGUUGGGAGGCCUUACCCUGCUCUUGCAGGGAUGAUGUCUGACGAGCCGAGCAGAUCCCUUCUUGCUCUAGCUGCUCUGAUUGCCUUAACUACAGGAGAACCCAGAGUGUCUGAAUGCAUUGAGGAGAAAAGACUGCGGUCGUCUUGCUUCUCUGCCCAGCGGUAA